CAGACCCAGGAGCCUGCUGCUGGUAUAUAGUUCACGGUCCCCUCGUGUUCACACCAAUUGCUGCUACGGCUGCAUCGACACGUCUCCACAGCAACACGUGCAAGCAGCCUCCCGACGGCUUCUGCUACAAUCCUCAAACUCUCUGACGUGGACACCAUGAAGGUGGUAUCGCUCUCCGUGUGGGUGGUGGUGCUGGGGGCGGCGGGUGUGCUAGCCGAACACGCCCACAGCCCACCAGUUGAUGAACGCGCCAAAGCACCCGCGGCAGACAAUCGCAAUUCAUCACUGAACAUCGUCGGAAGACCCGUGGACUGUGCAGAUUACCUCAUGGCCGGGGCUACAUCCAGCGGAGUCUACGAGAUUUACCCCUUCUCGUGCACGUGCGGCAGGUCGGUGAGGGUCUGGUGCGACAUGGAGACGGACGGCGGCGGCUGGACGGUGUUCCUGAAGCGCCAGAACCAGACGAGUCAACUUGACUUUAACCGCACGUGGCUCGAGUACAAGGAAGGCUUCGGUUCCCCUGAGCAGGAGUACUGGCUGGGCAACGAACUCCUUCACCAGAUGACAUUCAGCCGCGAGUACUCAGUCCGCCUCGAUGUCCAUUCGACUUCUGGGGGUAAUGAUUACGGAACGUACGAACGGUUUAGGAUCGACGAUGAGGACACCAGGUACCGGACUACACUGAGCGGCAAACUCGACGGAGGCGAAAGGACCAAAUUAUGCAUGUCUUACUUAAGCGGGCGCUACUUUACUACCCGUGACAGGGACUACGACUCUUAUAGUGGCAACUGUGCAGCCAAGCAGGGAGGCGGAUGGUGGUACUACGACUGCAGAAAAUUCAACCCAACCAGCAUCUACAACAGUUCCUCCAUAGACAUGCUCUGCUAUACUAGCUCGUAUACACAGAAGGUGACGAACAUCGAGCUCAAGCUCAGGCCGGCCAUCUGCGACUCUUCGAUUAAGACCAUCCACCUGCAGGACAUCAGCUGCGGCUGCCAGAAUACAGCCGAACUCAUGCCCUAGUGAUGAUCUUGUUCUGGACUCCUAGAGCGUUCAUGUCUCGCCGACACGUCAGUUUACACCAUUCUGAGCACAGUUCUGAGUCAGGAGCUAAUCUCAAUACACAGUGAAAAGAUUUUAAUAAAUACUUAACUUGAAAACGUGUUAGUUAAAGUGUUAUCAGAAGACAAUAUCGAUAAAAGAGUUCAUGUCCCAUAAUCAUAUAAAUAAUAAGGCAGAUUUGUGCAUUGUAUCCUGCAUGACACGAUGUACAGUACGCACCGACCUUCAACCAGACACCAACGAGCAUCACAACACAAUCCAUACUGUGGUCGUUGUCCACUCUAUUGUUCCAUUUAGAAUACCAAAUUUACCUCAAGAUCAUGUCGAUAUCCUGAUACAAGCUAUCACUGUUCCUCACUUGAAACACUUUCGGACAUUUUUCAGUUUCUUCCAUCAAUAAAAUCUCGAGACCUUCC